AUGGAUAAUGAUCAAAAGAAGAAGAUUGUGGAAUUACAUGUUUCAGAGAAAGUAAGGAUGUGGGUUUAUGAAUUAAUGAAAGUUAGUACAGCAUGGACAAACUUGAAAGAUAUAAUGAUUAAGGAGCAAGGUGAAUCAGUAACAGAAUAUACAAAUAGAUUUAAAAUCUGUGUGAAAAUCUUGAAGAACACUGAUUUUGAUAAAGCUAAGAAUUUAGCUUUAAAGAUUGAAGCAUCUAGUAAGGACAAUAAGUAUGAUACAAAGAAGGCAGCUAAGAUAUUGGUUGAAGAAUCCAAAGAAGGCAAUAGUUUUGAUAUUGAUAGUUUGAUAGCUGUGAUAAAGAGUUUGAAAAUAUGUAGAGUCAAGAAGAGAACUAAUGAAGAUAUACAAGAAAUAAAAGAUGCUAUGAAGCAAUUAAUAAAAGUGCUAGUAGAUCUUGUAAUCAAGAAUUCUUCUCAACAAAAAAAAUGA